GGCGGGGGCUGGUACUGGACCCGGCGGGAUGAACGAGGCGGAGGCGGCAGUGGUGGCGACAGCGGCCCCCGCGGCGACGGUGCCCGCGACGGCGGCAGGGGUGGUAGCGGUGGUGGUUCCGGUGCCCGCAGGGGAGCCACAGAAAGCAGGCGGCGGGGCGGGCGGCGGCGGGGUCGGAGCCUCCUCGGGCCCCGCUGCUGGGACCCCCUCGGCGCCGGGCCCCCGCACCCCUGGCAACCCGGCGACGGCAGCCUCGGGGACCCCCGCAGCCCCAGCCCGGAGUCAGGCGGACAAGCCGGUGCUGGCAAUCCAAGUCCUGGGCACUGUCAAAUGGUUCAACGUGCGGAAUGGUUACGGAUUCAUCAACAGGAAUGACACCAAGGAGGAUGUCUUUGUCCACCAGACAGCUAUUAAAAGAAACAAUCCAAGGAAGUUUCUGCGCAGCGUUGGAGAUGGGGAGACGGUGGAGUUUGAUGUCGUGGAAGGAGAGAAGGGUGCAGAAGCUGCUAAUGUAACUGGGCCUGGGGGGGUGCCCGUGAAGGGCAGCCGCUAUGCCCCCAACCGACGUAGGUUCCGCCGAUUCAUCCCUCGGCCCCGCCCAGCUGCCCCACCACCCAUGGUGGCAGAGGCUCCAUCGGGCGGGACAGAACCAGGCAGCGAAGGGGAGCGCGCUGAAGACUCCGCGCAGCGGCCCAGACGACGGCGCCCACCACCCUUCUUCUACCGACGGCGCUUCGUGCGAGGCCCUCGGCCCCCCAACCCGCAGCAGCCCAUGGAGGGCACUGACGGGGUUGGACCCAAAGAGACAGCCCCGUUGGAGGGGGACCAACAGCAGGGAGAUGAGCGGGUCCCCCCACCCAGAUUCCGGCCCAGGUACCGAAGGCCUUUCCGCCCCAGGCCACCCCAGCAGCCCACCACAGAAGGUGGGGAUGGUGAGACCAAGCCCAGCCAAGGCCCCACGGACGGUUCCCGGCCUGAGCCCCAGCGCCCACGAAACCGUCCCUACUUCCAGCGGAGACGGCAGCAGCCCCCUGGACCCAGGCAGCCCACAGCCCCCGAGCCCUCAGCCCCCAUCAACAGUGGGGACCCCUCAACCACCAUGCUGGAGUGAUUCCAACUCAGAGGACACCCAGAGCCCCCCUCUGGUAUCUGCCAGUUUUUCCAACUGACCUGUAUCCUACCCAGCACCUCCCUCCCCGCCUUUCCCAUAAUUCAUGACAUCAAAACACCAGCGCUUUUCCCCCUUUUCCUUGAGACUCAGGAGGGCCAACGCAACAGCCUUCUGCUUUUUUUUUUCUCUCAUUCCCUUACCAAGGGUUAAAGGAAGGAAUCCAUCCUUGUUCAGAGGCACCAACUCCCUCCCCUAAAUCAGGCUGAGAAGGAACCAGCCAGCUCUUACCUCCUCCUGGUUGUUUUGCUUUCCCACCCCAGUUUAUUUUUUGUUUCCCCGCUGCCCCCUACCUCAGAAGCCAUUUUAUGAACUGCCGUGUGCCACCUGAGCCUCCAGUAAAAACCAAAACGGGCUUUCCUGUUG